UCGGUUUACCGACACCGGAGAAGCGACCAUGCUGUGGAAACUAGUUGAAAAUGUCAAGUAUGAAGAUAUUUAUGAGGACCGGCAUGACGGGGUCUCCAGCCACAGCUCCCGCCUGUCCCAGCUGGGCUCGGUGUCCCACGGUGGUCCCUACUCCAGCGCGCCGCCGCUGUCCCACGCUCCCACCUCGGACUUCCAGCCUCCGUACUUCCCCCCUCCGUACCAGCCGCUCGCUCACUACCAGAGCCAGGACCCGUACUCGCACGUCAGCGACCCGUACUCCCUGAACUCGCUGCACCAGAGCCAGCAGGGGGCUUGGGGGGCGCGGCAGCGGCAGGACGCGGCCGGGGACCGGAUGGACCGGAUGGACCGGAUGGACAGCUCGGCUCUUCUGGCCCAGCCCCGGGCCUCGCUGCCCCCCCAGCUGUCCGGCCUGGACCCCCGGCGGGACUACGGGGUCCGGCGGCCGGACGUGCUGCUGCACUCCGCCCACCCGGGACUGGACCCCGGCAUGGGGGACGGCCUGCUGCACGGCCUGCACGGCAUGGAGGACAUCCAGACCAUCGAAGACAACAACGGGACGAACAUCCUGGAUCAAUCAGUAAUUAAGAAAGUCCCCAUGCCACUGAAGAACAUGGGCUCCCUGAUGCUGGGGAAGGACGGCCUGAUGGGGGGUGUGAACGUCAGCAUCAACGAGGUCUUCUGCUCGGUCCCGGGUCGCCUGUCGCUGCUCAGCUCCACCUCCAAGUACAAGGUGACCGUAGGGGAGGUGCAGAGGAGGCUGUCGCCCCCCGAGUGCCUCAACGCCUCCCUGUUGGGGGGCGUGCUGAGAAGAGCAAAGUCCAAAAACGGUGGGAAGUGUCUGAGGGAAAAGCUGGAGAAGAUCGGACUGAAUUUACCUGCUGGAAGACGCAAAGCUGCCAACGUCACAUUACUCACGUCUCUUGUAGAAGGUGAGGCGGUGCACCUCGCCCGGGAUUUCGGUUACAUCUGCGAGACGGAGUUUCCCACCAAAGCCGUGAGCGAGUAUCUGAACCGGCAGCACGCAGACCCCAACGAGCUGCACACACGGAAAAACAUGCUGCUGGCGACAAAACAGCUGUGUAAGGAGUUCACAGACCUGCUGGCCCAGGACAGGACUCCCCUGGGCAACUCCAGGCCCUCGCCCAUCCUGGAGCCCGGCAUCCAGAGCUGCCUGUCCCACUUCUCCUUCAUCACGCACGGCUUCGGCUCGCCCGCCCUCUGCGCCUCGCUCACCACCCUCCAGAACUACCUCACCGAGGCUCUCAAAGGACUCGACAAGAUGUUUCUCAACAACCCUUCCAACAACCGGCACGGGGACGCCGGCAACAAGGCCGGCGACAAAGAGGAGAAGCAGCGGAAAUGA